UUGAAAUUUAAAUCUGUUGUUCAACUGCUUAAGAAAUAAAAUAAAGCUACAAAAAAACAGAUAAACUAACGAAUUUCACAAUGACCUCAAUCAACCCUUUCAAAGCAACUGAUUUAUUUGAUAUCAAUCCUGUCAACCUUGAUACUUUAACUGAAAAUUUUCCUUUAUAUUUUUAUUUUCAGUAUUUAAUAGAAUGGCCUUCACUUUUUUUCAAAUCUGAAGAGAUAUUUAAUGAUAAUGAAAGAACUAUUUCAGGGUAUAUGAUGGGUAAAGCUGAAGGAAGUGGAAUGGAAUGGCAUUCUCAUAUAACAGCUGUUACUGUUAAUCCAAUAUAUAGAAGGUUGUCGUUAGCUUCAAAACUAUGUGUAGAUUUAGAAGACUUUACGAAAUCUAAUCCAUAUAAUGUUUAUUUUAUUGAUUUGUUUGUGAAAGUAACCAAUUUAUUAGCUCAAAAUUUAUACGAGAAACUAGGAUAUUCAGUUUACAGAAGGGUUGUUGGGUAUUAUGGAUCAAGUGUAAAUGAUGUUAAAAAUCGAAAUGAUAUAAACGAUGAUAUUGAUGCUUAUGAUAUGAGAAAAUCGUUGCCUAGAGAUGCUAAAAAACAAUGCGUUAGAGAAAAUGGUAAGAAGCAUUAUGUAUCACCAAAUGAGAUUGAAUUCAAAUAAAUUGAUUGAUAAUUUAAAAAAAAAAAACAAAAAACAACUGAGUAUAUAUAUAAAUAUUUAAUUA